GAUCAGUUGUGUGGUCAACACGGCAGCAGCAGGUCGGGUUCUCGAUUAUUGAUUCUCGAUCAGAGUCAAAGCUCAGAUAUGCUUCGUUUACUCGUCGGCUUUGCCUGUUUGUGGCUGUUAGUGCACAGUGGUUCCAGCUAUGAGGUGGGAAACAAACCCGUCACGGAAGAUUGCCUGGACUGUCUGUGCGAAACAAUGAGUGGCUGCAACGCAUCCGCAAUUUGCGUGAAUGGGGCCUGCGGAAUAUUCCGGAUCACCUGGGCCUACUGGGUGGAGGCGGGCAAGCUGACUCUGCCAUCGGAAUCAGACCUCUCCGAUGGCGCCUUCACCAACUGCGUGAACGAUCCCUACUGCGCAGCCAACACGGUCCAGAACUACAUGGCUAAGUUCGGCCAGGACUGCAACGGAGAUGACCACGUGGACUGCCUGGACUUCGGAGCCAUGCACAAGCUGGGGAAUCUCGGGUGUCGGGGAGAGCUGCCCAACUUGUUCGCCAGGGUCUUCAACCAGUGCCUGAAGGCCAAGCAGCGAUUGGCAGAGGAGGAAAUCAUCAAGGGGCAAGCGGCUCCUUCAACAUAAUUGAUUCUUUAUUGGGUUUCUUUGCUCCCCUUCUGCGGGGCUUUUCUUUCUGUUUUUAAAACAAUCCUGGUAACACAUACAUAUACACAUACAUACAUCGAAACAUUGCUUAUGUUUGCCGCUUGAACAGUUUCCAAUAUAGGCAUGGAAUCUAUAGAUUUAGUUACAGAUACAGAUAUAUAUAUAAUAUAUAUAGAGGGGUAUAUGAAAACUACUUUAAUAUGCACUAAUUUUUGUAAUUUGUUAGUCAACAUGUUAACAUACUGGUAGCAUAUAUUUAUUAAUAUAUCCGGAUUCGGGCUCACGGUUGCUAAAGCUUUGCUCUAA